AAAAAAGUGAAUAAAUUUAUGGGCAAGAAGGGCGAAUUCAGACAUUUCCUUUAAUGACGUCAUUGUUGUUCAGCAGGAGAGUUCAAUGUAAACUUGACACCCAUGGCCAGUCGUUCUGUUUAUGAAAGUUAUAUGCCCGGAAAGAUAUGUCGUCGAUAAGUCCAUCCGUAUUUCAAAUUUCAGAAGUCAUAACAAAACUUUAAUUAUGCAUUGUAGCUUGUUGGGAGAUGUUUUUGAACGUCAAAUCGUUCCGUUUGACUAAUAAACAUAUUUUAGUUUACCUUGCAGUUUCCUCUUUUGUGAUAUACACCUUCCUUUCAAUCAAUUGUUUGGUAAAUAAAGUCCAUGGGGUCUUUUAUUCUGUCGACUCUUCAGCAAUUUCAAUAGGCGAAAAUUUAACGAGUAAGAAUCUGACCAGUUUAAUUAAAAAUCAGAAUGAACCUGUUGUAAGGCUCAUUCCUCUUCUCACAUGGAGGCUUCCGGAGCAGGACAAUCUCAAACUUUCAGAGGAUGGAAGUCCAAAAUAUCGCCUCUUAGGUAAUCACAGCUUUAGGCCAAUAAGAAGGUUGCCUGAUGCCUUGGUAAUUGGAGUAAAGAAAUCUGGAACUAGAGCACUUUUAGAAUUCUUAAGACUCCAUCCAGAUGUCAGGGCCGCUGGAUCCGAGGUCCAUUUUUUUGACAGAUACUACCUCAAAGGUUUUAAUUGGUACAGAAAAAAGAUGCCACCAACAUUGGAUGGUCAGGUAACAAUGGAGAAAACACCCAGCUAUUUUGUAACCAAAGAAGUUCCUUUACGUGUAAAAAAGAUGAAUCCCAAAAUGAAACUCUUAGUAGUUGUGAGAGACCCUGUGACAAGAGCCAUAUCUGAUUAUACUCAAGCUGCAAGCAAGAAGAAAAACAGAAACAGCCUCCAAGAAUUUGAAUGUUUGGCUUUUGUCAAAGAUAGCGGAUUCAGCAUAGUGGAUACGACAUGGGGUCCAGUCCGUAUAGGAGUUUACGCAAAACACUUGCUGAAAUGGCUUAAACACUUUCCUCUCAGUCAAAUGUUAUUUGUGAGCGGUGAACGUCUUAUUGCAGAUCCAGCAGCGGAGAUGGUGAGAGUGCAGGAUUUUUUAGGACUUAAAAGAGUGAUUACAGAAAAGCACUUUUAUUUCAAUGCCACAAAAGGAUUUCCCUGUUUGAUGAAGUCUGAAGGGCGUUCUACACCACAUUGUCUUGGAAGUACAAAAGGGAGAAUACAUCCUUACAUAAAUCCUUUGGCAGUCAAACGACUCAGAGAUUUUUAUAAACCUUUCAACAUUAGAUUUUAUCAGCUGACUGGCAUCAAUUUUGGUUGGCCUUAAUGUAUAUAUUAUAUUGAUAUAUAUAUUUUUAAUAAACCGUCCCACCUCUUGCUCACAUAUUUGCUCAUUCGUUAAAGUUGAGUGAGCUGUCACAAAAGCGCUUUUUUUUUAAAUUAGUUUCUAAUUCUAUAGUCGUUCUCAGCUUUAAUUUAAAAAUAUAGGAAUUAGUUGUUAUAAAUUAUUUUUUGUGUCAAUUUGUUGCUUGAGAUGUUGUAUUGUCUUGUUUGUCUUUUAUGUUAUUGUGACGUACUGCAAUUUUGUAGCAUUGUUGUGUUUUGUUGUUCAAUAUAUUAUCAGACCAAAGCUUAGAUAAUAAUCACUGUAUAUCAAAAUCUCAAAUAUCAUGGAUAAUGAACACUUUCCAAGUGACAAGACUGGAAAAAAAAUCAUUUUUAUCACCUUGUGUAUUGAUUUAACUUAAGUAAUUGUUUAUCUUUUUUAAUUUAAUAAAAAAAC